GUUGACAUAAGUUUUCAUUUUUUUAAGGUUAUCUUUAAUAAAAACAAAAAAGUUAAGCAUAAUAUUAGCCUUAGCGAUUAAAACUAAAAUGAAAUAAAUUAAUAAACCUUAUCUAUAGGGUUUAAACAAGUUCUCGAUUAGGAAAAUAUAGAUGUGUUCCAGUGAAAUUUUAAUUUGAAAGUAGUGUUGUUGUUCCUAAUUAAAAGUAAUAGAAUAUAGAAAAUGACUUGUACACAUUGUUGUAAUGAAUCAAAAUAUAAGUGUCCUGUGUGUCGAGCGCCUUACUGUUCAGUAAAUUGUUACAAAACACACAAACAGAAUCCAUGUUCACCCCCUCCAGAACCACCAGAAGAAAAAAGCGAUAACUAUCAAAGCAGACUCUAUGACUAUCCUACCGAUGAUACUGUGCCACAGGAAAAAUUAAAGUUAUUAGAACAAUCAACAGAAGUAAAGAAAUGUUUAGCUAAUCCUCAUGUAAGGAAAAUAUUGGUAUUAUUGGACCAGUCUACACACCCAGAUGAAAUGAUUCAAGAGUAUAUGCAAGAACCAAUAUUCACAGAAUUUGUUGAUGCUUGUUUAAAAGUUGUGCAGCCUCAAAAUGACAAUAAUACAUAAUAAAAUAUUUCUAUAAAUUUAA